UUUUUAUAAUUUUUGAACUUCUAAAAAUUCACAAAUGGCUAAAGAGAAUAAUAAAAUGAGGAAGAAGAGGAACAGGAAGAGGAAUAGGAAGGAAAAGGAAUCCAAGAUUGACUUUGAUAAGCUUAUUAAGCCUGUAGAGACAGAGACUAAGACUAGUGAUGGAAUGGAGGUCAAGAUAGAGUAUGUUAAUGAGUUUGACGAAUCUUCUAUACAGGGAAAUCAUCAAAUCGAGUUCAAACAGAUUUUUGAACGGUUUAAAACUGAUGCAGAGAUGGAGGAAAGUGAUGCUAAGAAGGAAAAUGAUAAGAAAAAGAAUGGUAAAGCUGAUGAUGGAGGUAAAGAUGAAGAGGUCAAGCUAUCUAAGAGGAAACAGAAAGAACUUAAUAGGAUGAAAGUCAGUGAACUUAAGCAGAAGGUUAAGAGACCUGAUGUAGUGGAGUCCUGGGAUGUUACAGCCGAAAAUCCCUUGUUCUUAACUUUCCUUAAAUGUGUAAGAAAUUCAGUUCCUGUCCCAAAGCAUUGGUGUCAGAAGAGGAAGUUUUUGCAGUAUAAAAGAGGGCUCCAUAAAACUCCAUUUGUCCUUCCUGAAUAUAUUGCGGAUACAGGAAUUUCUCAAGUCAGAGAAGCAUCUGGAGAUGCCAACAAGAGUUUGAGACAAAGAAUGAAAGAGAGAAUGCAACCAAAAACAGGAAAACUUGAUAUCGAUUACCAAGUGCUUCAUGAUGCAUUCUUCAAGCAUCAGACAAAGCCAAGGCUAACAGUGCAUGGAGAUGUGUAUUAUGAAGGAAAGGAAUAUGAAGUGAAAAUGAGAGUGUACAAACCAGGAAGAAUAUCCGCUGAUUUAUGUCAUGCAUUGGGUAUUCCUGAAGCAUCACCACCAUCAUGGUUGACUAAUAUGCAGAGAUUUGGACCUCCACCUGCAUAUCCAAGUCUAAAAAUUCCUGGAGUUAAUGCUCCCAUCCCAGAUUCAAUGCAUUUCGGGAAUGGAAAAUAUAUCCAAGAUGAGCGUGGAUUCACAGUGUAUGCAGAUUGCCAUGGCUUAAACAAGGUAUCAACUGGAGAAGGUGCAAAGCCGGUCAAUAUUUACGAGCAAAGAAAGGAACAACGUAAAUUAUGGGGGGAGAUCAAGGAAGAAUCAGAAGAGGAAUAUAGUGAAGACGCUGACGAUCAAAUGGAAGAAGACCAAGAUCGAGAAUCUGUAGGAGAAUACAUAGAAAGCGACGACCAAGAAGAACUUCAACCAGGCAUGAAGAGCGGAAUUGAGAGCAUCAUUAAUAACCAGCAAUUUGAAGGUGUAGAUAUUAGAAAGAAAGAACUCCAGAAAAAGGCAGAUGAAUAUCUUAAUAAAGGAGAAGACAUCACUGAAGAAGUUGAAGAAGUCAAACCUCUGUAUAAAGUGCUUAAAGAAGUGGAGACUGGAAUCGGAGAAGGACAAAUCAUGGGAACUGGGCAUACUUAUGAUUAUGGAGAUGGAGCAAAGGCAAGUGAGCCAAAGGUUGAUGAUGAGAGUAAACCUGAAGUCAAAGAAGAAGCUCCAAAGAAAAAGAAAGAUAAAAAGGAGAAAAUCAAAUACAAGUUCUAA